CCCAGCAGUGUUUGCUUUCGUCCCAGGAAAAUGAACCUCUAAUUGCAGUGCCUGACAUGGGGGGGGGGGGUCCCGGGGGCUGCAUCGCCACUGCACCACUGAAGCCUCGGCUGCCCGAUCCCGCCGCGAUGGCUCGCGUGCAGGUGGCUCUUCGCAUCCGUCCGAUGAGCGCGGCCGAGCUGGCGGAGGGGGCCAGGCCCAUCGCCCACCGCGUGGAUGAGCAGGUCGUGGUGCUGCGAGACCCCAUGCGAGACCCCAACGAUGUCCUGCAUGCGAGCCGCUCCCGGGAGAAAUCCUACAUCUUCGACGUGGCCUUCGACUCCACGGCCACCCAGGAGACCGUGUACCGUGCCACCACCCAGGGCCUCGUCGCGGUUGUCAUCUCCGGCUUCAACGCCACCGUCUUCGCCUACGGCCCCACCGGCUGCGGGAAGACCUACACCAUGCUGGGCACCGAUGGUGAGCCCGGCGUCUGCGCCCGCACCCUGGGCGAGCUCUUCCAGGCCAUCGAGGACGCCAGCGGUGACGUGGAGUAUGAGGUCUCCAUGUCCUACCUCGAGAUCUACAACGAGAUGAUCCGGGACCUGCUGAACCCUUCCCUGGGCUGCCUGCAGCUGCGGGAAGACGCCGGUGGCACCGUCCAGGUGGCCGGCAUCACCGAGGUCUCCGCCAUCAACGCCGACGAGGUCAUGCAGCUGCUGGCGCGAGGGAACAGGCAGCGGACGCAGGAGCCCACGGCCGCCAACCGCACCUCGUCGCGCUCCCACGCGGUGCUGCAGGUCACCGUGCGCCGGCGGCACCGGGGCGGGGGGCUGCGCCACGGCCGCCUCUUUAUGAUCGAUCUGGCGGGCUCGGAGCGGGCGGCGCAGACGCAGAACCGCGGGCAGAGGAUGAAGGAGGGAGCCCACAUCAACCGCUCGCUGCUGGCCCUGGGCAACUGCAUCAAGGCCCUGAGCCACCGGGCGAGCACCAAGUACAUCAACUACCGUGACAGCAAGCUGACCCGCCUGCUCAAGGAGUCGCUUGGGGGCAACAGCCACACGGUGAUGAUCGCCCACAUCAGCCCAGCCAGCACCGCUUUCGAAGAGUCCCGCAGCACCCUUGCCUAUGCCCACCGUGCCAAGAGCAUCCGCACCACGGUGAGGCACAACCUGCUCAGCGUCUCGUACAGCGUCAUGGCUGACCUGCGCAGGGAGAUCCAGCACCUCAAGGGCCAGGGGGAUGCUGAGCCUGGGCGGCUGGGGCAGAGCGAGCACCGGGACAUCCCCUAUGUCCAGGCCCAGGUUCGGCUGCGUGGUACCCGCCCGGAGCCGUGCCGUGUGCGGGAGGAGAUGCUCGGUGCCUGCCGGGAGCAGGCAGCCCUGCGCCACCACCUCCUCCUCCGGCUGGAGGGCACCGCGCUGCGUGCCCAGCACCUCCUCGCCCUCGCCCGCAGGACGCGGCGAGGCCGGCGGUGGAGCGAGGAGGGGCAGGGGGAGCCGGACGGCCCCGGUGACGGCGAGGGGGACUCGGACACAGGGGACGAGCGGUUGGAUGUGCCGGAGCCACCCGACGUGGCCGUUGCCCACGAGAACAUCGCGGCUCUGCUGGAGGAGCAGGGCAGGCUCCGGCAGCGGAAGGCAGAGCUGGCGCGGCGUUUCUGGCAAAGCCAGCAGCACGCGCGGCGGCUGGAGGAGGCCCUGCGGUGUCGGAGCAGCUCGGAGGAGCAGCGGGAGGUGCUGGCCCUGCUGUGCCGCCUGCACCAGCUGGACCUGGAUUUGGCAGAGACACGGUCCCACACCCUGCUCGAGGGUGGCCUCCGGCACCCGCCGGCUGCCGCCGCACGACGCUUCAACCGGCACCGGGUCCUCUGCGCCCGCAUCAUCCAGCAGCAGCAGCAGCUCAUCGCCGACCACCGGCUGUCGGUGCCGCGGUCGCUGGAGGAGCUGUACCAGACCUACCUGCAGGAGCUGACGGGCGACCCCGGGGAUACCAGCACCCUCAAGGGCACAUCCCUGCCCAAGAUCCCGCAGGCGAGCGGCGCGGAGAGCCGGCCGGACUCGGACCGGGACAGCGUGCGGGCACAGAGCUGUGAGCACCCCACGCCACCGCGGCAGGGGCUUUGCCGUGACACCCUCCCACCCCUGCGCCCCACAGGGGACAGCAGCCCCCCGACCCCCGUGUUCAAGAAGACCCCGUGGGCGCAGCAGCUGGGGAGCAUGGCGGCGGUGCCCACCCCACCUCCCGGCCGUGGCACAGUGGCCCAGGCGGUGAGCACAGCCGUGUCCGUGGCACCGAAGCCCCAAGGUGGGGAUGCUUAUGGGUGCCCUGUGUUCCAGCAGUGCGUGCCACGGGCCAGCCUGAGCACCCGGCACGACUCCUCCCUGGGCAGUGGGACCAGUUCGGAGGCGGCACUGGCAGCAGGCAGGGAGCGCCGGGAGAUGUCAAGCAGCACCAAGAGCAUCGUGGCUAAGGCUGCCCAGUGUCGGUCCCGCAACUUGGAGAGCACCCACCCGCACCCACCGGGGCCCGUGGAGGAGAAGGGUGGCCCCCGGCUGCGGCACGCCGGCAGCGAGGACAGCCGGGCAGGGACGGCCACCCGCUCCUUGGGCACCAGGCUGCGGGUGCUCAAGAAGGGCGGCAGGGAGCCGGGGAGGAUGGAGGAGUCGCUGGAUGGCAGAAGGAGAUCGAGGCGGUCACGGUCCUUCGAGGUGACCAGCUGUGGGCGCCGUGCCCAUGGACCCUCUCUCCGGCAGCCGGCGACCCCCAGGGGCUCCCUGCUGCCGUCCCCAGCGCUGCAGAGCUGCUCUGAGCACGCCAUGCUGGUAGGGGUGCCGGCAGCCAGAACUGGGGGACCCCCCAGAGCCCUCCCUGCACCAAAGCCCCCGCACAGCCAGCUGCCAGGUGAGCCCCCGGCUGGGAAUGGGGUGCAGGGGCCAUCGCCCCCACCCUGUGCCCCAGCCCAGCACCCCUUCCCCAGGUGCUGGGGUCCCGUCUCUGCCUCUCCCCCUCCAGCUCCCCACCACCUCCAGGAAGGACCAGCACCCGCUGCUCGGCUGUGUCACCAGGAACGGUGCCAGGGCCCGGCAAGGACAGAUGGAGUCACCGGUACUGAGCCAAGUGCCUUGCCGGAGAGGGGCCGGAUCCUGUGCCAAGCCAGCGGGCUGAGCGCCCGUCCCGCCAGCCCCAGCACCGUGUGGCAUCCCCCGUGCUGAGAGCUGCCUGCGGCACCCCGUGCCCGUGCAGCCCCCCGGUGCCAACCCUGCUGGGGGCGAGGGGCAGGGGGCCAGGUCUCCCCAUGCCAAACGCACCCCGAGGCAGGGACCCAAGUCCCCGGGGAGGGACGCAGCCGUGCUGAGCAGUGACCCCAGCCGGAGCCAUGCGGCUGCUUGGGGAAGGACCCCUGUGGGUGCUCAGCACCCGGGGGACACAGCCACCCACCCAGCACCGCCAGGUACCGACGGGGCCACCUGGGUGCAGGGCGUCUGAAGGGGUCUUUGUCCUUCCGAGGGGUUACAUUAAAAUGAGACGUGCUGA